AUGUCGCUAAAAGAACACGCCGUUCUUUCGGACAUAACGAACACGAGCAAUAGAUCACCUUUAACAACACAAUCAGAUACAACACAUUUUGAACCGUUAGAUAAUUCUAUGUCAACGUUGUUUAAUGAGAAUAUGUUUGUUUAUGCAUUGUGCCACGUAAAUAAAUUCAAUAAUGAACCGUCAAAAUAUACCUUGUUAUCUGGAUUUAUAUUUUUAUAUUUAACGCAUCAACAACGACCUCCCUCAAUAUUUUUUUAUGGAAACCCAAUCGAUAUGCCAGCCACAGCUUCGUCGGCUCCAUUAACCAUUCUAAGUCUGACGAAAAGUGAAUUUAUUGAGAGUGGUUAUCAAAAGAAAGCUGUUGUUGUUGUGGAUGAAAAUAUUUAUGCUUCGUUGUUGAAAGAAAAAGAGCGAGAUUGCUUAAGCAAUUCACCACAACAGUUUAAAGAUAUACUGUUAUGGCCUGGCGAUUGUCAUUUUGUAAAACAUUUAUUUAUAAUAAUUGGAGAGUUCAUCAGUGGAUCAGGUAUGCACAAACUUAAAAACGCGUUGUAAAAGAUUGCGUGCAAACCCACCCACCAAAACGUUCUUUUGUUCAUGGAGGUUUAGAAUAUAUUUUCCAAGUGCUACAUGAUUUAUCUGUUGUAAAUGGUAUUCUGGGAGCAUACAAUGUCGGUAGAACAUUUCGUGCAUAUACAGUAAAGUGCAAAAGUCUUUGCCCCACGCAUAUGCAAACUUUCUUUAAGCGUAUCUCUGGAAUUUCUGGAGAGAUUUUUCGAGAACUUUCUAGAAGGUGAGGAAAGACCUAUAUAUAUAGCUGUGAAUACCACAAAUCGACAUAAACAUUCUUCAGUUGAGAAAAAAUGCCUCGACAACGAAAUCCUACUUCGCUGAAAACGAAGCGAUCAACUAUUUUACACUU